CCCUCGCGUUUCUUCGAGCCUGGGGUCUGCAGAGCCGCUGCCUGGCGAAGGGGGCGGUUCCAGGCGCCCGCAGGCCACGCCCCCGUCUCCUGGCCCCACCUCCUCAGGGGUCUCGGGCGCGCGCCCGCUCGGAAGCUGACGCGAAUCCCUUCGCCUUAAGAGCGUGCGCGCCCCUGAGGGCGUGCGUCAUUUACGCCUCUGGCGCUGAGAAGCCCCGCUCCAUUGUCUUCUGGCCCCACCCUCCAUUGGGCACGCCCUCAGUUCUGUUCUCCGUCGCUUAUUGGCUGCGUUUCACCAACCUCCUCUAGCUCUCGGUUCUCAUUGGCGCUCCUGCCACGUUAUCUUCUCCCAGGAUUUCUCAUUGGCGCAGGGCACACCCUCUCAGUUAUCACCAGGCCCCGCCUUCAGUAGGCGCGGGCUCCUCCUCUGCCGUCCAGCCUUCAUUCAUUCUGCAUCUUGCACUGGAUGCUUGGGACAGGAGGUGAAUCGGACGCGCCCCUGCGCGAGUUAAGGGGAUGGUCGUGGUGUGGGGGACCUGGACCUAGGCUUCCACCGUGACGGCCUGGGGCAUCCCUAAAGCCGCAGAGGCACUAGGAUCCUCUAGACGCUGAGGGGGGGCUACACCAAGCCCUGAGGAAUGGUUCAGUGUUGGCUCCAGGCCGCCGAUGGCAGGGCCGAGCUUGGAGAAAGGACCUGAGAUGUGAAAGCAAAACAGUCUCAUUCUGGCCAUUGCAAAGAGACGCCGAUCCGGUGGGGAGCUGGAGCCACCCGGCUGCAUGUGACCACCAGGACAGAAUGGUGCUGGACUCAGGGGCUCAGGAGUAUGAGCAGGCCCCCACCAGCCCCCCAACGAGCCCCUCAUCUCCACAGCCUAGGUUGAAGCCCCCUGAGAGAGAUGGGCCAUCCCUGUACCCCUGGCCUCAGACCCUGGCCUUGCCCCUUGCCCUUGCCGUCCCCUCAGGACUCCAGCAGCCCCAGUCCAAGCGGCAGCCCUUCUCCAAACUGCACUUGAGUUCCCGGAGCCACAUGUGUCGUAGCGAAAGCACCCACUCUGUAAACAGUGCAGGCCGCCAUGGCCGCGGCUCCCAGGGCCAGGCCCCAACCCGACAGGGACGGGACUCCGGUUGGGGUACCCUGAGGCCUGCCGCUUCCUUGCCUCACAUUGCUAAGAUUCGAAGAGACAUGGGCAGCGGUGCCAGCAAGAGUCCUUGCAUGUUAGUGGCCCUACGACCCACCAACAUGGACCGUGAGCGGGACAAGUUCUUCCAGUCUCAUUACACCUAUAACCCACAGUUUGAGUAUCAGGAACCCAUGCCCACGGCUGUGCUAGAGAAAUACUGUGAAGCUUCAGGACAGUUCAUCCAUCAGGCAGUUGGCAUCAUCGAGGCUGUCCUGGAGAAGUUUGGCACCUAUGAGCACUUUGAGGCGGCCACAGGGGGUCAGCUGCUGACUAAGUGCCAGAUCUGGUCCAUUGUGCGCAAAUAUAUGCAGAAAGAGGGCUGCGUAGGGGAGGUUGUGGUACAGCUGAGCGAGGACCUGCUGUCCCAGGCAGUGAUGAUGGUGGAGAACAGUCGGCCCACAUUGGCCAUCAACCUGACUGGAGCCCGCCAGCACUGGCUGGAGGGCAUGCUGCGCCAUGAAAUAGGUACCCACUACCUGAGGGGCGUGAACAAUGCGCGGCAGCCGUGGCACAACGCCGAGGGCCGGCAGCGGUACAGGCUGCGGCCGGCCAACCCCACCGAGGAGGGCUUGGCCAGCCUGCACAGCGUGCUGUUCCGCAAGCAGCCCUUCCUGUGGCGCGCGGCGCUGCUCUACUACACCAUCCAUCGCGCUGCGCACAUGUCCUUCCGCCAGCUCUUCCAGGACCUGGCGCUCUACGUGCAGGACGCCGACGUGCGCUGGGAGUACUGCGUGCGCGCCAAACGCGGCCAGACCGACACCUCCAAGCCGGGCUGCUUCAGCAAGGACCAGGUGUACCUGGACGGUAUCGUGCGCAUCCUGCGGCACCGACAGACCAUCGACUUUCCACUGCUGACCUCGCUGGGCAAGGUGUCUUACGAGGAUGUGGACCACCUGCGGCCCCAUGGGGUGCUGGAUAACACCCGGGUGCCCCACUUCAUGCAGGACUUGGCGCGCUACCGGCAGCAGCUGGAGCACAUCAUGGCCACCAACCGGCUGGAUGAGGCUGAGCUGGGCCGCCUGCUGCCUGACUGAUGUGGGUGGACAGCUCUCACAGUACCAGGGUGUGGCCAUGGACAGAGGGCAACCCCCUAGUCUGGGCAGCUCCCAGAACAUGAAGCUGUUGGUCCUGUGUGUGCUUUUGCAGCCCGAGUGCUUCUUGGGGGCAUUGGU